AGUAAACAAAGGGAAAGAAGAAAGCUUCUAUGGUCUAGGACAGCUUCCCGUCCACCCGAAUUCUUCAGCACUGAGCUUAGCUGCGAGCGCAUAGAGUACAUUACAUACACCCCGUCCGCCCUUGCACUCCAAAACAAACCGACAUUGACCAACGGCGAGCGAUUUGGAGUGGAGGAGAAUUAUAGUCAAGCUAGAAAGGAAAACGAUACGAUACAAUACUUGCUUGCACACUCAGCUGAGCCGAUCCCCGUCGAGAAACAACAAACAGGAGAAUCCUACCCCUGUAAACUGGGAGAGACAUACCUACUGACGCAAUUGAGAAGCGGUUUGCAAAUCCGUGAAUUAGGAACCAGGACCCUGAAUCCGAUCUUGGAUUUGAGUGGCACCCUUCCAAGCAUCAACGAUUGAUUAGUAGCACUGCUACAGCAAGUCUCGAUCAAAAUCGAGAGGUUGGGCCUCGAGAAUUGCAGGAGGCUGGGACACAGCCCAAUUAAACCCUGCAUUUUCGCGUUCAAUUACAAGCGCUCUGCCGAGCUUGCCGCUAACAAGGAGAAAAAAAAAGCGCAACCGUUUUGAGCUUUAAUAUAUUAAUUCUGGGGACCGGAUUUCUGUCAACUCACUCGUUGAUUUGGACCAUACUCGAAGAGUUUUCCCGACUUCCGUUUUUUGUUCCUGCUUCCAGCGCCAACAGCUGAGUCGAGCUGCAUUGGGUUGCUACAGCUGCUGCUGUGCCCGUUGCUGCUUGGCUCACCGCUUACCCGCCUCUGAAAAAGGAAGGCGGGUUGCCUACUGAGCACAGCGACAGCUCCGGAUAGGAAAGCCGACCGAAGUUCCGACUGCCAGCGCACCUAAUAAUUAAUUUCCUCUGAAAACCAAGGGACCUUGGGAGUUCCCCGCCGUCCAAGGACCGCUUUCCUUCUGUUUCUCUUCAAUUCUCAGAACUGCCACGAUGCGCAGACCAGAGAGUCGCCUUGUGGCGACAAUAGCAUCAUUACUCUCAGCGGCAUGGAUGUGUAGACCAGUCGCCGGCCUCCCCAUGGAGGCCGUGGACGCUGGCUACGGCUACCUGGAGGUGCGAGACUGCGCGAACCCGUGCGGUAUGGACAGCCAAUACUGUUGUGGCUCUGGCGAGAGGUGUUUCACUUCAAACGGCCUGGCAGGCUGCACAGCGGCAGCUGGUGGGGGUUUCGCACUUUUCACCACCACCUGGACACAGACGCAGACCUUUACCAGCACCGGAAGCACGUACUUCCCGGCGGCUACGACCCAGGCUCCAAACGACUGCAUAGUACCCCCGGGCUCUGGAUGGACUUCCUGUGGCUCAAUCUGCUGCGCUUCGAACCAGUACUGCGCCCAAAAGAACCAGUGCAUGGCCAAGGGCGCUGGUGGCGGUGGAAUUAUCUGGACAACAUCAACCUACACAUCCGACGGCCAAGUCAAGACGACACAGUUCAGUGCGCCCUAUCGCGUGACGGGAUCGGGGGGUGCGACUGGAACGGCUAUCCCAGGUGCUACUGGCACUGCGGACAACCAAAAUGGAGAGGAGGGCGGUGGAGGCGGCGGCGGUCUUACUGCCGGACAAAUCGCCGGUAUCGUUAUUGGCGUGAUUGCUGCUGUCGUCAUCCUGAUCGUCAUCUGUGCCUGCUGUAUCGUGCGUGGCCUCUGCCUGGGCGUCAUGGGUCUUUUGGGCCUGGGCGGCAAGAAGGACAGCCGCAAGUCUGAGAAGACGGUCGUUGAGGAACGUUACGUCCGUCGUGGCGCUAGUCGUGGCACCUCGGCGCACACUGGACGUGACAGGCAUAGCGGCUGGUUUUCAGGCAGCGGCCGGCCUUCAACGGUGACGUCCCGCAAAGAAAAGAAGGACAGUGGUGCUGGCUGGCUCGGCCUUGCCGGUGCUGCAGGCACCAUUCUGCUUCUGCUCGGCCUAAAGAAGAACGAGGACAAGAAGAAGAAGACUCAAGUAGUUGAAGAGAGGAGACGAUCUUCAAGGAGACCGAGGAGCGAAGUCAGCGCGUCCACCUGGGACUCGUACACGAGUUAUACCGACCCAAGUAGUGUAGGGACGCGUAGAACCAGCAGAACCAGGGAUACCCGGAGAACGGUCAGGACCGAGACGAGGUCACGGGCUGCCUCUAGGCGAUGAGAGAUUUGAGUAGCCACGACCAAACGCCUCGACGACUUUUCUUUUUUUUCACGUCUUGGCUUGGCUGUUGUACAUGUGGAUAUGACAUAUUUGAAGGAUGCUAUUGGCGUGCCGUCACUUUGAUCGGUCUCCGCCUUACGAUGUAAUGCCGAAAAGAAAUCUUGGAGGGGACAAAACUGCACAUACACAACCCUUUUUUAAACGCGCGCACAUUGUCUCUUUUUCACACAACUCUUCAACACCCCUCCAGCCCCACCACCAUCAUCCAGCGUUGCGUUAGUUUGUAUUCAAGAUUUUUUUUUUCUCCACCUUGAUAUAGCAUUCGCAAAUUGGCCAUUCUGACGACUGCAGUCAACGAGGGCAUAAAUUACUAAACGUUGUUUCUUUUUACGCUAUCUUAUUUAUUGGCAGAGGCUUUGGGGCUUCAAAAAGAUGGGGACAGGAUGGGAAUCCUAUUUGACAAAGCCAGAUCCUAUAUGACACAGAAAGCCAUGGGGCGAGGACUCAUGAUGGCAACGACGAAUAAUUUCCACAAGCCAUUCUCUUCAUCAAAAGUGAAAAUCGGUUGUACAUUAAUCGUAAAGCGUUGCGCCCCAUCCAGUCGGCAUAGAACCAAUGCUCUGCUAGUUCAAGCCCCCGUGAAUCCUUAGUCACGGUCACCAAGUCCGU